GAGCGCGACUCAGUAAAAAUAAAAUGGCAAGGAGCUUGCUGUGAUUGUCGAGAGUGAGUGCGCGUCAAAAACUUGACUGUGCCGUAUGCGCGCACUCGCUACUCACAAGAAUGCGUGUCUGCUCGGCUUCUUUCUCUCAACCCUUUAGAUGAGAAAGGGAACCUAGAAGUGGGAGAGGCUGUUGAGGGAAAUAAAUUAGCUUCAAAACCACAGAAAGCAGCCACGUUCGGAAGGUUUUGGAUUGGCAAAAGGGCAGAGCAGAGACUAGGAUCAAUUAAAACCGAGUCAAUCCCGUUACAACGGGCAGCGUUAUAAUAAUACCAAGGUCAGUACACUGAACGAGCGCACAAACCCACGUAAUUUAACGUCUUAGACUGGGUACUGAAUUCGGAGACGGGGAAAUCACCACCAGCCGCAGUUGAAGAUGGAGGGGGUGAUGCAAGGGAUGCAAGCAUACGGUGCGGGGAAGGCUGGAGGAGCCUUCGACCCAUUGACGUUCUUUCAACAGCCUCAAACGAUUCUUCGGCUUGUGUGCUGGCUCUUCUCCAUCGUGAUCUUUGGCUGUAUAGCCAACGAGGGCUAUGUGAACCGGCCUGACGAGAUUGAGGAGUUCUGCAUCUUCAACAGGAACCAGAAUGCCUGUAACUACGCAGUGGGGAUGGGAACCCUGGCUUUCCUAAGCUGUGCUGCCUUCCUGGUCCUGGACGUCUACUUCCCCCAGAUCAGCAGCGUCAAGGACCGCAAGAAGGCUGUGCUUGCUGACAUUGGAGUGUCUGCAUUCUGGUCGUUUGUCUGGUUUGUGGGGUUCUGUUUCCUGGCCAACCAGUGGCAGGUUGCCAAGGAGGAGGACAACCCUCUAAGGGAGGGCGCGGACGCAGCCCGAGCCGCCAUUACCUUCGCCUUUUUCUCCAUCUUCACCUGGGGUGCUCUGACACUGCUGUCCCUGGAGAGGAUAAAGAGAGUGUCGUUCGAAGAAGAGUACAACAAACUGUUCAUUCCGUAGCCCACACCACCACUAGCCUAAUGAUAGAUAUCCUGACCCUCACAUUAUUUCGCUCACACCAAUUUCCCGUCCAGGCUGUCCUCCUUAGAUGGCCAAACAUAUUGAAGGAGUACCUUGUAUUUGUUUACUAUGAUUGGCUAGUGUUUACAGCUAGGAUCUGCUUUCUAGAUUCAGAUUGCCCUUCCAAAGUGCCUUGAUAUCAAACCAUUGCCAAAAAAUGAGUGUCUUUGUGGGGUUAAAACGGUGGUACGCUACUGUUGACAUAUCAGGUUCUCCAUUGCCUGGCAUAGUAAUCCACCAUUUUAGCUAUGUUCACCUGUGCUGAUUAUCUCAAUUAAUUUUUAUGUAAAGUAUUAAUUUGAAAAAAUAAUUUGAUUCCAUGGUACCAUUCAAAUUAGAUUGAUCACAACCAUGCAAAGUGGCUCUACAGAAAAUGUUCAAUCAGGAAAUUAUUAGAAAGUGAUAAAAAUGUACAGAGUUCAUACCAAUUUGAUCCCAAACCUUGUUAGAUUGUAUAUUUGAUAUGUAGUAAUUGUUCACAUUUUAUUUCAAUGCUAAAACUACAAAUCUGUGAAGGAAAAGCUAUGAGCUCUAGCCUUAUGCUUCCCCAUACACACGUGCCACAGCUGUAGCUAACUACUACAGCUUAAUGACAUGCAUUUAGUGUUACCAGGUCCAGCUGGCUGCAACCACUAUGUGAAUCUGUUAUUUUGUAUUAUGAGUUUUCUUUUCGUUUGGAUAUUUUUGCUUUGUAUAUGACACUGGGAUGAUUUGUGAAUGUUUAUUAUUCAUGAUAAAUUGUUACUGUUGUAUUUAAAAAGAAAUAAGUCAAAGACGGGUCCUGAUCAGGUGAAAGAUUCCUCACGUCAUUCCAGGACCACUGACUGUAUCGGUUUUGACACUCCCCGCUUAAAACUGACUAACCGGCUUAAUCCUCCUCCCCUCUUCCUCCUUUCUCCCUCUCGCUUUUUCUCUCGUUGUCCCACCCUUGUUUAACUACCAUUCAUCCUCCUAACCUUACUUCAUACCUUUUUUUAAUCACUGGCAUGUUACCUGAUAUACCCUCCUCCCCCACUAUCAUUGGUUGCGUCUAUCCGUGUCAUCUCAUUCUGCCCAUCUGUCAUAUUCAAAUCCCACCCACACAACCCCAUGUCUCCACUUUUCUUGUUUGUCCCCCUCGCCCACAACCUAUUUUUUUGCUAUUGCUUUCAUGUUGUUGCCCAUCCCCUUUCCAAUCGCUCGCUGCCCCCUAUGGUCUGGGGCUCCCUCUUCCCUUCUCCACGCAUACAUUGUUUUGCUAUCGCCUCUAUAUUAUUGCCCAUUCCCUUUUCAAUUGUUCGCCUGCCGCAUAACACCCUCUCUACUCCGAAGGCGGUGCAGGCCUUCCUGGGCUUUCAGAAGUACAAGCUGGGGGCUGACUCGGCCCUCUUCUCCCAGGAGUACGUUGACCCCACCGCCGACCCCAACGCUGCGUCCCCCAUGGGCACUGACUACACGAGCUAUGCCGCCGACAUUGACACCGCGGCCAGCACAGAGCCAGCCUUUGAUGGCUCCGCUGGCUACCAGGGCCAGGAGUACUGAGCCAGAGGGCCAAUGGAGGAAGAGAAGGACCAGGAAUGGGCUUACUCAGCAUCAGGGGUGGUUUAAGGGGACAUUUUUGUGGUUUAUGGGGACAUGGGUUGUCUUAAAGGUAGCCAAGUCCCAGAUCUGUUUGUGUUAGCUGUGAUGAUGAAAUACAGGGCCUUCAGAAAGUAUUCAAACCCUUUGACUUGUUCCACAUUUUGUGUUACAGCCUGAAUUUCAAAUGGAUUAAAUUUAGAUGUGUC